CCCCGUCGUCUCUCUCCUCUCUCUCCUCUCUCUCGCUUGCUUACCUUUGUUCGCAUCAGUCACUUGACUUCACAGCCCCGCUCAAGUUCCGACACGAAACUCAUUUCAAAUUAAUUUAAUCAAAUCUAAACACAAAAAGGGUGAAAAAACAAAUCGCCGGCGAGAUGCCUUCUCCUCUGGUGCCGGAGGCGGUAGUGAGCCACCGCUUCGUAGCUUUUCUCAUCUGGCAAUUUAUACCUUCAUCAGCCAUCUUCUUCUUCUUCAACCUUUUCCUCUUCUCAACAACUUCAGUCAUCUCCUUUUUCCUCACUUUCCUCGUCUUCAGUACCUCACAGCUUUUCUUCUCCGUCUCAUUAGCUCUCCUCUCUUCCCCCAAUCCAGAUUCUCCUCUCUCCCCUCUCCAAUUCGUUAUCGGCCUUCUCCGUCAUCUCUCCGAUCCCGAGUUUCGCCGCCGCGCUCGCCUUUCCUUACGCAUCGUGCUCUUUGUCUGCGCUACUUCCCUCGCUGGAUUCUGCUCCACCGCUGUGUUUUGCUUGUCUAAUGAUUCUUUUGGAGCGAUUGGAAGAAUAGGGUUUAGGGGAUUUGUGACUGGGUUGCUCUAUGCGGUCCUUUUCGUCUUUAAGCAGCGAUGGGUUUUGGAGUUUCCCAUUAUUCAGCGUCCACCGUUCUUCAGCUUCAAGAUUGGUCUUCCUUCGGCCCUAACACAAGCUCUGAAGCUAUCAGGUGUGCUUUAUGUGUUGUCUACCAUAAUGCUAUUGUUUCUGCUAGACUGGUCGGGUGGGCUUGUGUCUGUAUCGAGAUUCUUGGGUGAGCAGGUCUUAUCUUAUGCCGGCAGUUUCUGUCUAAUUCUCUCUUGGGAAGUGACUCACCAUGUACAUAAGGUUCUGCACACAAAAAGGUUCAGCUUUGCUCCUCCAAAAGGAUCUGCUGCUGCAGAAACGAAUCCAAGCGAGCCACUUCUGGCUGCUUUAGAAGGGAGUACUCCGGGUUCCCUCGAGCAGUCUCUUGCAUACCUUGAUCUCUACAUGGUGUCUCAGAAUAACGUCGACACAUGGCGUCGUGCAGCCUUUUUUGAGGAGUCCACCGAGACAUACAAAAGGGUAGUCACUUCAUGCUUGAGGCCUUUGGAAGAGCUUGCCUCCAAGUUAUCGUCUGGGAUAGAUCACACCUUUACUGAAAAAGGCUAUCAGGCACCACUCCAGCCACCAACCGAGACAUAUAUUGAUCCAAAAUUUGGCGAGUCACUUAAGUCUUUCCAGAUAUAUGCUUGGUGUGCUCAAACAACUGCAUCCCUGACUUCAAUCUCUCACAAGGAAGACAGGCUUGGAGUAGCUCAACUGUCUGGUGGGAACGCGGAUGUUGUCUCAACACUUCUAUCGCUUUUGCUAGCUCUUGAAACGUUUAUGGGGAAAAAGACUAAUCUUCAAUCGCCCCAACAACUGAUGGGACCUGCUAGUAUCAAAUGGGCAACCUCGAGUAUGGUCAGAAAAGAUGUUAAACCCAUCAAAAGGAGUAUUGGCGCAAUGUACUCCUACGCGUAUGCAGCUACAGAUGUUUUGAGGAUAUCGAUAUACCAGAUUCUGUCUACAUUCCGGGGUGAAAUGCUUAACAGCGAUAGAGCGGGGUUUCUCGGUAGAGACUGGAUUGGAAGCAAGAAACCCCCUUUUGGAACAAACGACAUGUUGCUGCAGAAGCUUAAGCUCUUCCUCGAGUUCCAAGCUUGAUGGAAGAUUAAAGAAGUACAAUGUCUCAGAUUAAAAGGCGUUAAGAAUUGAUCACAGAUUCCUGAGCAGGAAAAGAAAAAAGGAAACAGAGUGUUAUUGAGACCUGAUGAUAAAGCCUUGUAUUGAAAAUGAAAUCCCACGAUUUUGCAGAAGUUUGAGAUUAUAAAUCAUAUUUUUGGUUACCUUAUAUAAUAAUCAAACUUUAUUGUUAAGCUUUGCA